AUGGGAGAGCAUGGAGAUCUGCAGCGACAAAUUCUUCAGAAGACACUCAAGGAGGUAGCUGAUGAUGAUGUGGAGGAUGCUGAUCCCUGUGUCAUUUGCUUGGACGCUAUCACCGAGCCAUGCGUCGGCAUUCCCUGCCAUCAUGCCAAUUUCGACUAUCUCUGUCUGCUAAGCUGGCUGGAGCAGCAGCCAAACUGUCCCUUGUGUAAGGCUAGCCUCAGUGCUGUCCAAUUUGAUCUAAAAGGGCCUGGAGGCCCAAAGACAUACAAGGUCCCUCCGUUGGGGACUACGAAUGUAGCGCCACGCCCUUCGCUGGCACACCAGACCCGAUCACGAAGACAGCAAUCCCGUCGACAGCGCUUCCCCGUGCCCGGUGCCUCGGCUGCUCAGAACAAUUGGCUUUCAGUCCGGAGAAAUGUGUAUCAUAACCGGCUUUAUUCGCUUCGCGUUGGCUCGAAUCGGCUCUCCCGGUAUACUGAGGUGACGCCAAAUGACUUCAAUCGAGAUGAGGCGCUUGUCUCACGGGCUCGCAAAUGGAUUCGUCGCGAAUUGCAAGUCUUCAGCUUCCUUCAUCCGGAAACAGAAGAUGCACCUCCACAACCGCGGAAUCCAGUUCCUCGGGCUGGACAGCAGCGACUGGAGCAGCGGAGGGCCAACAAUGCCGAGUUUCUGCUUGAGUACAUAAUUGCCAUAUUGCGGACUGUGGACAUCAAAGGCAGCGCUGGUCAAGCGGAGGAGCUGUUACGUGAUUUUCUUGGGAGAGAAAAUGCCCGUCUCUUUCUCCACGAGCUGCUCGCAUGGCUCCGGAGCCCGUAUACAUCCUUGGAGGAUUGGGAUCGUCAUGUACAGUAUCCAACUUCGACUCGUGGGUCCUGCGGUAGCCGGGCUCCGGAUGAGCGCUCUCCUCAACGCAGAUCUGCGCGUUCAGAUCUUGUGCGCGGGCGUAGCACGUCGCCUUCCAGAGAGCCCGAUCGAAGCUUAUUUGAACGGGUCUCGCGGCCUCAGCCGACGCGGCCCGAUCGAAGCAGGGAGCGGUCUUCGAGGCCAGUUUCAAAUCGAGGAGCUGACUGGCCGGAGCGCAACCGGCAUCUUCUGGACAGGUAUAUCCCUGAUUGA